AUGAGUAAUAAUGGAAGAGUACAAGUGUAUGAGAAAUUGUGUUAAUGCCUUACAACAUUAGAGUUGAAGAGAUAUAAUCAUCAUGUGAGAACUCCUGAAAAGGAUAUCACAUUAAUAAAAGAAUAAAUCAAUCAAGUAUUAUAAAUGAUAAUCUAAAAAUAAGUAUCUUAAACAACACUUCAAGACACUUUGUUACUCAACAGAAUUACGUAAGACACUCAAGAAAAUAAUACUAUAAGGUGAAUUACAUGAAAUGAACUAUAAUUGGUAACACUUUCAUUUCAAUCCUUAGGGUAUUAUUGGAGUUAUCAGGUGCAAGAACAAAGAGAGUUUAAAAUCCUGAUGUAUAUGAUGAAGUCAUUAAAUUAAAAACAGACUAUCCAUAGUCAUAUUUUUAAACAAUUUAAUUGGUAUUCUUGACAAAAUAAAAUUAGAGGAUGUUGUAAGAACUGUUUCACCCACUUAGAGAAUAAAGAACAAUGAAAGAAUUUAUGAAAGAAAUCAUGAAUAUGAAGCUAAAAUAGAAAGGAUUUUAGUUGCAUAUUCUAUUAGAAAUCCUUUUGUCUCUUAUUGUCAAGGUUUAAAUUUUAUUACGCACUUUUUGGUUAAUAAGUUAAAAUUUUCCGAAGAGGAUGUAAUUAUGAUAGUAAAAUUAAUAGACUUUUUGGGCAUUGAGUUCAUUAAUUGAAGAGAUAAUGCCAUUAGAUUAUUAUACUAAUAUGAUAAGCGUUAUGGUAGACACUAAAAUUUUAGAAUAUUUCAGUAAAAUCUAUGUACCUGAAUUACUAUAACAUUUCAAAGAGAUAUAUUUAGAAGCUAAUUUUUAUGCUAUAUAAUGGUUUGUAUGUUUAUUUACUCCAAAUCUACAUAUAGAUAUAGUUAAAGAAAUAUGGAUGAGAGUUAUGGUUUAAGGUAAUAGAGCAUUGAUAGCAUCAGGAAUAGCAAUAUUGUUUAUUUUUGAAAAAGAUUUAUUGAAAUUUUCUGAUUUUGGAGAUCUAUUAGAAUUUUUUAAAAAGAAUCUUAAAGAAUAUAAGAAUAUAAAUGAAUUUAGAUUUAUUGUGAAUCAAAUCUAAAUAAAGAAAAAACCAUUAUUUGAAGCAAGAGAUAUGUUUAGAAAGAUUCUAGAAAAAGAACAUGAAUAGAGUUUAGGAGAUGAAUCACCUAUGUUAAAUAAAGUUACAUGUAAUCCAUAAUGGACUGUAUGUAAUUAAGUUAUACAUUUGAAUAAAACUCUAAAAAGAUCAUUCUCUUUUUUUGUAUAUUGUUAGAAAGAACCUUGUAGAGUUAUAAAUGAUUAUUGGGAUAGAUAUGAUGAUUCAAGUAGUCAAUGCAGUAGUACAGCAUCUAGUCCAAAAAAGAAGAAAUAAAAAAUUUAAGGUCCUUAAGUAUUACUUGGUAGAUAGUUUCAUAUCUGUUAGAAUAAUGACUUAGAUGAGAAUGAUAAAUAUUUAUAUAGAUCUACUUUGUUGGUACAUUAAGAUUUAAACUCAGAAAUAUAAAGUAAUGAAGAUGAAGAGGAUGAAAAUUUAGAAAAUUAUGAGAGCAUAUAAUCAAUUGAAUAAGGAAAUAGUCGAGGAAGAUCUAUAACAAUGAAUAGAUUCAUGCCUCGAUUAAGUGAAUAAGGUUAUGAUGGAUUCUAUAAAUAAGCUGUUUAUUUGAUGAAAUAAUAACAACCUGCAGAACCAAGAAAAAUUAGUGGGGAAUUAAAUUUAUUUCCUGAAACUAAAAAUGAAUAAGUUUAACAAAAAUAUAGAGUGGCAAGAUAAAGUAUUAGUAGCAUUGCUUUUGCUACUUAAUUUGUUCAAAAGUGA